AGGUAGCGCCUCUUUUGCUCAAGAGCGCAUAUUUCUUGAUGAACAAAUUCGUUUUUCGAGUGAUAUUGCUAUCUAUAAUGAACUGUCCACUUUGCAAGUUGUUCAAGGAUCAUUAUCAUUCAAUCGAUUAUUACAAGCACUUCGAUAUGUUUUGAAUAAACAUAAAGUACUAUGCACAUCUCUUAUUUUUAACAAUGAUGAUGGUAGUUUGAAACAAUGCAUUACAGAUCUACAUAAAACAUUCACAAUAACUAUGAAUCAAACAUUUGAAGAUGACAAUGAACUUCGAGAUAUUAUUUAUCAAACAACUAUUAAUCCUACGCUCUUCGAUUUAUCAACUGGUCAUGUUUUUCAUGCUGAAAUUCUAAAGCAACAAAUAACAUUAAAUGAGAAUGAAAAUCAUAGCGAUGAGUUCAUAACUAAUUCUGAUGUUCUUCUCAUUGCUUUUCAUCAUGCAGCAUUUGAUCGAGCAAGUCGUUCAGUCUUUUUCAAUGAUCUAUGUUUAGCUUAUAAUACUAAUGCAAUACCAAUAGAAGAUGAUAAUGAAUCAUUGCAAUAUAUUGAUUAUAGUGUACAUGAACGUCUAAUUGAUAUGUCAACAUCUCGUGAAUUUUGGUAUUUACAAUUAGAAGGAUACAAUUUGGAAUCUCCAUUAUCAUUACCAGCUGAUCGACAUCGCUUAUCUAAUAAUCAUCGAUCGAGUUCUGCUUGUAACACUCAGAUCGCUUUUGACAACGAAAUUUCACAAUCAUUUCUUGAUUAUGCUUCUAUCCAUCAUGUGACACCAUUUCAGUUGGGUCUAACUAUAUUAUAUGCUUUUCUUUUCAAGUUAAGUCAUGGUGAAAAUGAUUUAUGUAUUUCCUGUGUUAAUGCUAAUCGAUACAAAACUAAACUACAAAAUAUAAUGGGAAUGUUUGUUUCAACAUUACCAUAUCGUGUUCAACUUGAUCCUCAAUGGUCAUUUGAUGAUCUUGUCAGAUAUGUACGAGAGAAAUGUUUAUCAAUUAUUGAACAUUCUCAUUACCCACUUCAAUAUAUUCUUACUAAUUUACAUAUUAAUCAAUCAAAUAUUUCAUUUCUCGAAACAACGUUUGACUUUAUAACAAUAUCGUCACACAGCGAUGAAUUAUCUUUGGAUG